AUCAAACAAAGAUAGAACGAUGCUUUCAGCACUGAAACCGUCAAAACGAACGCAGCAAAGAAACACAUGAUGUUACGAACAGAUGGAAGAUUGUAAAGAAAAACACACACAUAUACACACUUUGUUGUACUUUGUUCAACUUUCAUUAUGAUACAUUUAAUUACUUUAUUGUUGCAACGUAAUUGAUAGACAUCCGAAAAAAAUGAUACGCAACGUCUUGGUACAAUUAUUGAUUAGUGCUCUAGGUAUAUUUAUUGGAGUAUCUGCGUUUUUUGUUCUGUUUGUUGUUUACGGGAAUCAUGACGUUGGAUUUUGGUCGAUACUAGCAGGUGUCUUAGCUGGAGUCUGUUUUCACUUACAUUGGGUAAAAGGCAAGGAAACUUUGGAGAGAUGGCACACUAGAAUUACAUUGCAAAAUUUAAAUAUUGUGGGCUUUAUAUGUGCUGUAAUUGGUGUUACUGCACUGAUUUGGUAUUUGUUUCUUACAUUUUACUACAAGAUUCCCAUUCAACCAAUUUCUGAGAGUACAGUCAUAAGAGCAGUAUGGUCUGUGAUCUGUGCAAAAUGGGGCGUUACAUUGAUGUAUUAUUCAAAUAAAUACGAAUUAUUAAUUCAAGAGGGAGCAGCACCCAUACUUACAGACAAUGCCUAAAACAUGAUAUUAUAUUUAUAUUUUU